AAAAUUUUGCUGAUGUUCUUUGUGAGAGGCGACACGCGAGAAAGGUUGAAACGGGAAAUGGCGGCACUCGCGCUCCAUGCAUUGGUUCCUCAGUCUCAACCACUCAUUCGUAUCCCUUCCUCUUCUCUUUCAAGAUUCUCUCAAUGUUCGAAGAGAAGGAAUUUGGUCUUCUGUGCUCCACCAGAACUCGACCAUGUGCGAUCAGAGAUGUCGUUGUGCGUUGGAACUCAUCUCAUUCCACACCCCAGCAAGGCACUCACAGGAGGGGAGGACGCUUUCCUUGUCAGUAACUACUCUGGAGGGGUUAUUGCUGUUGCUGAUGGUGUCUCUGGUUGGGCUGAAGAAAAUGUGGAUCCUUCUUUGUUCCCUCGAGAGUUCUUGGCUAACGCUUCAGAUUUGGUGGGGAAUGACGAUGAGUAUGAUGUGGUAAUCGAGCAGGUUAAUGACGACCCUCGGAUUCUUUUGAGGAAGGCACAUGCUGCUACCUCUGCAACUGGUUCAGCUACUGUCUUUCCUUUCACUGGGAUAGGCAGAAUUGUUGCAAUGAUGGAGAGGAAUGGCAUGCUCAAAAUUGCUAAUGUUGGAGAUUGUGGAUUAAAGAUCAUUCGUAAAGGUCAAAUUAUAUUUUCCACGUCUCCACAAGAGCAUUAUUUUGACUGCCCGUAUCAACUUAGCUCAGAACGGAUUGGCCAGACAUUCCUUGAUGCCAUGUAUUGCAAACAGGUUAGCAAUGUGGAGCUAAUAGAGGGAGAUAUUUUAGUUAUGGGCUCGGAUGGUCUUUUUGAUAAUGUUUUUGACCAUGAGAUUGUUGCAACAGCAGCCAAAUACGUUGAUGUUGGUGAGGCUGCUAAGGCACUGGCUAACCUUGCAAGUAGUCAUUCAGCGGAUAAAGCCUUUGAAUCACCGUAUUCAUUGGAGGCUAGAUCUAAGGGUUAUGAUGUUCCUUUCUGGAAAAAAAUACUGGGAAUGAAACUUACAGGGGGAAAGCUUGAUGAUAUCACUGUGGUCGUGGGUCAGGUAGUGAGCACAUGAUAUUAUCAUUUUCUUAGGGAAGUUUACGAUGAAAUGCAACGAAGUACAUAAUCUGGUUCCACAACUCAUUCUUGUAAACUCAUUAUUUAUUCUACAGCAUAAUUCUUACAUCAAAGACUUGUCAUAUAAAUAAAUUAUGCCUUCUUUAUUUAAGAAGGUGGUGCCAA